CGUGCUCCGGGAGACGUGGACUGAGUGGGGCGGAGCGCUCGCCGGUACCACGGCGGAAGUGGGGCUACCGGGCGUGCUGGACUUGGGGUCUCUGCCCAGACCGGCUCCACCAUGUCCAAGGUUUCCUUUAAGAUCACGCUGACGUCGGAUCCGCGCCUGCCUUACAAAGUGCUUAGUGUUCCUGAAAGCACACCUUUCACAGCAGUCUUAAAGUUUGCAGCAGAAGAAUUUAAAGUUCCUGCAGCAACAAGUGCAAUUAUUACUAAUGAUGGAAUAGGAAUAAAUCCUGCACAGACUGCUGGAAAUGUUUUUCUAAAGCAUGGUUCAGAACUACGAAUUAUUCCUAGAGAUCGUGUUGGAAGGUGUUAAAAUCUGCUACUCGGAACGUAAUUCUUUUCAGAAUAAAUAUUGGUAUUGUUGCUGUUGUUUUAAAAUUGAAAUCAGGCAUUUAAAAAUUCUAUGAAAACACCAAUUAUUGAUGAAGUGACGAAAAGAUGACUGUCCCUUCUUGUUCACAUUUCUCCAUGGGAAGAGGGACUGCGUAUGCAUUGAGGAUACCAUUUCCACAGAAGAUCAUAAUCUUUCAUUGCUACCUCACAACACACAGGUAGUUCAUUUGGGAUAAAUGGAUUAUCCAUCUGUGUCUCAAUAACUGAAGGAUGCAUCUGAUGAUUCUUAGAGAAAAUGUUUAGAAAAUUAAAAUUGGCUGAAUCUUCCUCUUUGUCUUUGAGUUAAAAAUUGUAAAGGAUUAUCGAUCAUGCAGGUCAGUUUGCUUGAUAACAUCUGACUUGCAGACUUAAAUAGUCAAAUUUUUAACUACAUUUAAUUCAUGGUAAAUUCAUGAUGUAGACAUCUGUGGAUGCUUAACUACACUUUUUAUCAGUUAGGUUUUUAAGUUUCAAAUUUUAUAUAUUCAUACAAAUUUAAUGUCAGAUAAAUUCUAUAGCCCUUAUGUGUAAAAUUGAUAUCCUACACUACAGUGUUUUAACUGAUUUGCAGAACCCAAUACUUGUAAUGGUGAGAAUUGAAAAUAAACUAGAAGCAUCCUUUGCUGAGUAAUGUAUUUUAUCAAUCUUUAAAUAACAGUCUUUAAAAUAGGAAUCCUCAAGAAACAGUUGUCUUUUGUGAAAUAUUUCUUAAUAGCGUUCAGAAAGACUGUAUUGUUACAAGGAGGAUGCUAAUUAACAGUGCUUACUGAAGAUUCAACCCGUAGUGUUAUUAGUCAUAGGAUUGACUAAGAAACUGGGAAAGGGAAGAUGGGAAAGUCCAAAUGACCAGGAUUCCUGUAGGGAGCAAAAAAACAAAAGACAGUAGAAAGCAGAGUGUCACAGUAUUAGCCACCCCAUACGCAAAACUGCAGAGGGUAUGUUGGGGAAAACCAAAUAUUUGACAUUGUUUAAAGAGCAGAAAGCAAUUAGGGAAAGCAAAGUACAGACUUUGUCAACAUACAGAUUUCCAAAAUUCCCCUUAUGAGAAUAAUAUGUAAGGAAGUAGAUUUCAUUCGCUCUUAUCAACAUCUACACAGAUCUUGAAAGAUGAAGUGAAGGUUUGCAAUGAAUUAGUACCAAUGCUCGCUCCUGUGUUCUAGAUGGUGAGCAGGCAGGAGUCUUGUUCUUUCUAGUCCUGGAAAUGUAGUAGGCUUUCAGUACUCAAAUAUUCAUAAAUAAAGUACUGUAUGACCAACAUUUACCUAGUGUGUUUCAAUACCUUCCCUAUCAUAGGCCCUAGAUUUUUUGAAGACAAAAAAAUGUAUAAGGAAAUGAAAUAGAAUCAACCUCUGAAGGGUGAUACUUGAAGUUAAGUUUAAGAAAUUAAUCAGAUUUUUAAAUUUUUACAAAUGAACAGCAGGAUUCUGAAUUGUAAAGGAAAAUGUCUUGGCUGAGGCAGAAAAGUGUACUGCUGAUGUUUAGUGAAGUUUUUAUUUUUAUAAACAAAAUUUAAUGCUCAAAGAACCCUGUUCCUUAACAAUAUUAAGCUUCAUUUGCUCAAAAUUUUUGUCUUGUAUACCAUAAAGUCAUAUUUUUGUUCAUUGGUUUGAAAAUUUUAUUGUAGUAAGUUCUUAAAUUCAAAUCAUUUUCUUGGGGCCUCGCCGGUGGCCCAAGGGCUUAAGCACCUCACUGUGAAGCAAUCUGCAGCCUCUGCAGCAUGAGUUCAAUCCCCGGCUAGCCAGGCAGCUACCCACAUGGUGAAGCCGACUUCUCCUGUCUCGCCCGCUGCUCCCCUCAGCAGUGUACUUCAGUCUGCCUGCCUGUUCUGUUUCCCACUCUGUCUCUAGUGAAUUCUCUCACCCCCCCCUCCCCCGCAUCUCUGGCCUGUGCCCCAGCUCUUGUAUGCAUAAAUAAUUAAAUCUUUAAAAAAAGAACAAAACAUUUUCUUAAAGAACUAGAUAUUUUGUUAUUAAAUAAAUGUAAUCUGUAGGUUCUUUGUGAAGACUGUUUUGAAGUAUAUUUUAAAUGCACUAUUGGCACAUAAUUAACAUCUGAAAAUACAUUUUGUUAUACAAUAAACUAUUGUCUACUCCUCUUUAUUAUUAGAGCUCUUAGCAUUCCUAUUGAGCCAGUGUGUAACAAAUGUAAGGGGGGGGGGCGUAGGAAGAUGAAUGAUGAUAGAUGAUUAUGGUCAUAAAAGUGUGUAUAUAUUUUCAAAUGCCAGGCUACUUGACAGAUAAAGAAAAUAGUAAUUGUCAAGCUAGUAGUUCCCAAGUCUGGAUGAUUAUCAAAGUAACCUAGGGGAAUCAAAAAUACAAAUUUCUGGGAACCACCCCUAAAAUUUAUAUCAUUAAAUUGGUAAUGGAGUAAAAGAAUCUGUUUACCAAAAAAAGUCCUCAUGAUUUUUGCUCUGCAGCUGGGUUUGAGAAUGAUAGGCUGAUCUUUCCACUUUGUAGAUGAAGAAAAUGGUAUCUUAAGGCGCCAAAGUAAUAAAUACAUUCUAGAAUCUUGGAUACUAAUUGCACUAGUUUUUUUAGUAGCUCAGUGCAAAGAUGCUUGCUAACAGUCUCACUGGUGAUAAAGACUCCUUUUAAGGUAUUUCAAGUCCAGUAGUUAUUUGAGUAUUUUAUAUCUUAAAAUCAGUUAUUUUAAAGAAAAGUCAAUGAGAAGAAAAUAUAGGCCUAUUUAGCCCCCCUCCCCUCAAUAUUAAAAAUGACCCAAGGAUAGGGGCCUCUCUGGUGGUGUAAGGGGUAAAGCAACACAGUAUGAAGCAAUCCGCAGCCUCUGCAGCCUGAGUUCUAUCCCGGGCCGACCAGGGAGCAACCCACAUGGAGCAGCAGACAUCUCCUGCCUCGCCCGCUGCUCCCCUCAGCAGUGUACUUUGGUCAAUCUGCCUGUUCUGUUUCCCACUCUGUCUCUGGUGAAUCCUCUCCUCCUCCCCCUCAUCUCUGGCCUGUACCCCAGCUCUUAUAUGCAUAAAUAAAUAAAUCUUAAAAAAAAAAUUACUCAAGGGCCUUGAAAUAUUUAUGAAUUGGAAACAAUAUACUUUAAUCUGAAGUUAACUAUGUUAGUGUUCUUGAGGCCAUUUAUAAGACUGCAGAAUUAUGUAAAUCAUAUGCAUAUGCUUUACAUAUGUAAAUCCUCCCAAAGUAUCAAAUAUAUGUUAAAUA